AGGAAAAAUGGUUAAAAAGAGGUCAAGUGGGGAUGGGGAUGGGGCUCUAUAUUCUUUAUAUUUUUUAUUUUGUGUGUCUCCUUGAGCCCCUCAUGACAGUGGCAGAAAAAUUCUCCACCACUUCGUAUUUUAGCUGCAUGUAGGCUUCCCAAGAGAUAGAAGAGAAGUUCACUUGGGGGCCCUGCAGGCCCUUAUACCCAAGCAAGUUCAAGGCUUCCUCCCUUUAAUUUUUUUUUUUUUUUUUUUUUAAGAAAAGAGAUAUAUAUUAUUGCUCUCUAUUUUGCCACAUGGUAGGAAAGUCCCCACCUAAGUUUUUCUCUUUCGUGUUUAUCUCCUAGCAUGUAGGAUAUAUAUAUAUAUCAGUAGUGAAAAAAAUGCUCAUGUCCUCUGAACAAUUGUGCCAAAAAUUAACGGGCUGGAAGAAGUAGAGAGAGAUGGAUUUUUUGAGUUGUGUACUAUUAUGUCUUAUGGUUGCCUGGAUCGUAAUCCAAGCCCUCCAAUAUUCAUUUGCAAGAAGAAUUCCCACAAACCUUCCACCUGGACCAAAGCCAUUUCCUUUGAUUGGAAAUCUCCUAGAGCUUGGAAACAAACCCCACAUCUCUCUAACCAAGCUUUCAAAACGCUAUGGCCCCAUUAUGACUUUACAACUCGGCCAAAUAACAACAGUUGUAGUUUCUUCAUCCAUCGUCGCCAAACAAGUCCUCCGAACCUAUGACCGAUUCUUUUGCAACCGAACGAACGCAGAUGCACUCCAAGCCUGCAGCCAUGCCAAGCACGGCAUGCCCUUCAUACCUGUUUCAGCUAAAUGGAGAAACCUUCGCAGAAUAUGCAACUCCCAAUUGUUCGCCACCAAAGUUCUCGACGCCAACCAGGCCAACCGUCACCUAAAAGUGCAAGAGCUCAUAGCUGAUGUCAGCGAAAGCGUGGUAAAAGGUAAGGCAAUUGAAGUUGGAAGGGCUGCUUUCAUAACUACCCUCAAUUUGCUGUCACGUACUGUCUUCUCUGUGGAUCUAGCGGACCCGAAAAGUGAGACGGCUAGAGAGUUCAAGGAGUUGGUGUGGGGUAUCAUGGAAGAGGUCGGGAAACCAAACCUGGCUGACUAUUUUCCUGUGCUUAAGAAGAUUGAUCCCAUGGGGAUACGGCGCCGUUUGACCAAGCACUUCCGGAAGAUGAUUGACCUCUUUGACAGCUUGAUCUUCCAAAGGUUGGAAACAAGAAAAUCACAUGAUUAUGUCACAGCCAAUGAUAUGUUGGAUACUCUUAUAAACAUGAGUGAAGAGAAAAAUGAGGAUAUGGACAUUCCUGAAACUCAUCAUUUGUUUCUGGAUUUAUUUGUUGCGGCCACAGAAACAACCUCAGCCACAUUGGAAUGGGCAAUGGCUGAGCUACUAUGCAACCCUGAAAAACUGUCAAAAGCUCAAGAGGAGCUAGAACAAGUCAUUGGGAAAGGGAAACCAGUUGAGGAAACAGACAUUGCUCGACUUCCUUACUUACAAGCAAUAAUCAGAGAGACCUUUCGGCUGCACCCAGCUCUUCCAUUUCUUGUCCCCCGCAAAGCCGAAGCAGACCUAGAAAUCUGCGGGUAUUUUGUACCCAAGGGUGCGCAAGUGUUGGUCAAUGCAUGGGCCAUAGGCAGAGACCCUGGCAUUUGGGACAACCCAGCCUCAUUUAUCCCAGAGAGGUUCUUGGGAUUGGAUAUGGAUGUCACUGGCGGAAGCUUUGAGCUUAUCCCGUUUGGUGGUGGGAGGAGAAUAUGUCCUGGCUUGCCCUUGGCAAUGAGAAUGUUGAACUUGAUGUUGGGUUCACUUCUUAACUCGUUCCAUAAUUGGAAGCUUGAAGAUGGAGUUGUACCAGAAAACAUGAUCAUGGAAGAGAAGUUUGGCAUCACUUUGCAAAUGGCUCAGCCUCUGAGAGCUGCUGCCAUGGCCGUGCCAUAAAAUAUCCUACUAGCUAUUUGUUUUUACCUAAGUUAAUAUGUUGUGAAAUUGAAUGAAAACUAUUCAUGCCAUGGAAUAAAAACUAUUCGUGCCAUGGAUACUCUCACAAGUUCCUCCAAAUAGGUUGUGUCCAUUUUUCUUGCCAUGGAAUAAAAAUUGCAUAUUUAACUUUCA